AUGGCCUCAGUCAAUCAUAAAUCGCACUCCAGGCGGAGGUCUGCCUCUGACCCGUUCACUGAUCAAGCCUCUCCUCGACGCACUGCCCCGACCCCGCCGCCAAAAUCAUCCCACAAAUCCUCCAAGAUGCCUGCACAGGCUGCUGUCAAGUCUGCACCUGCCAACCGUGAGACCCAUCGCGAGGUCCCAGAGCGAGACGCCGUGGUGAAGGUGGAUGGUUCAAGCGGAAGAAACAGGAUGGGAAGAAGUCACACUGCACUAACACCAACACGAGACUCCCCGCAUCGAGCAAUUCAAAGUAGCCGCCGUUCCCAAUCGCAGGAUUCUGCGCCAGCACCUGCCGGUGCCAUGGAGAAGGCAAAGUCAAGCGGAAAACGCUCCGCCAAGAAGGGCGGCUCUCAGCACGCCGAUGUUAUCGAUAGACUUGAUUACACAGGCGUGGGAUUGUUCCAUCAUGACGGCCCAUUUGACGCCUGCGCACCAUCGCGCAAUCGCCAACGCAACAAAGCCCCUAUGCUCGCAUGGUCCGGUCGACCUGAGGAGGCUGCGCCUGAAUUAGCAGCAAACAAUAAUUCUCCCUAUCCAGCACCCGAGGCAUACAAGGCAUUCACUACAACGAAUUACUACCAGGAACCCCCGAAGAAAAAGGUCGACGCUAUCGCUGAAGCUUGGGGCAUCCAUGAACCAGAGCCAUUUGAAGAGUUCUACGCAGGUGGAGGUCGCAACGAAACACCUGCCAGUUCAAUUCACAAUGGCCGCGAAGCGCAUUCGUCUCGGUCUAAGCGUAUCAAGGACACUCCUCGAGAUGGUGCAGACGACGCUGCACACAGCCGCAGUCGUGCCAACCGACGGUCUGCGAUGCCACCUCCACAACCUAUCUUUGUCCCGGACCCAGCCACAGAGACAGAGGCUCCUUUAGAUAGCCCGCCUACUUCAGCCCCCAAGCGAUCCAAAUCGCUCAUGCAACGUAUUCGUAAGAUGCGUGAUGCGCCGAACGUUCCCGUUUCAGGCAAUGACUACCGUGACGAGGGCAGUGUGCCCUCGUCGCCAACGUCGCCCGUAAUGGCCGAAUCGUACCCUGGUGGAACUCGGCCGACACAUCGCUCGCAGAAUUCGUUCCUUGGCCGAUUUGGGGGUAAGGCUACUACUCAACAGCAGCCUAACGCAACAGCAGAGCCAUUCGUGCUAGUCAAUAACACUAACGACAAUCGUCAGAACAAGGACCUGCCACAAACCCCUUACGGGGCGCCUCUCGCUGAACCCGUUGCGGGGUACUUCGACGGACCCGGCAGUGGUGUUGGGGGCUCUCCUCAUAGUCCCAUGUCUGCAGGCAUGGCGAGAAAGCCUAGUUUGAUGAAGAAGAUGCGAGGCGUCAUGCGACCAUCCAAGCGCGAGUAG